UGGGGCCUGGAAGAGCUUCGCAUGAAUGUAAACACAAAACCACAACCCAGGACUGAAUUUGAGAUCAUCGCAUCUGACACCAUUGAGGACAAGGCCAACGCCCUCAAUGUCACGGCAUCGCUCAAGGCCAGCUUCCUGGGGGGCUUGGUUGAAGUAGGCGGAUCUGCCAAAUACUUAAAUGACACCAAAACAUCCAAACAACAGGCCCGAGUCACUCUCCGGUAUUCGGCCACAACAAGGUUUGAGCACCUAACCAUGAGCCAAUUAGGAGCAGGGAAUGUCUAUUAUCCUGCUGUGUUUGACCAAGGCACGGCCACCCACGUGGUCACGGCUGUGCUGUACGGCGCCCAGGCUUUCUUCGUGUUCGAUCGAGAAGUUUCUUCUUCUGAGAAUGUCCGCGAGAUUGAGGGAACACUUCAGAUUGCAAUUAAAAAGUUACCCACAUUUUCUGUGGAAGGAGAAGGGUCUGUCAAAAUUGAUGAAAAAGAAAAAUUAAAUGCGGACAAAUUUAACUGCAAGUUCCAUGGUGAUUUUGCUCUUGAGAAUAAUCCAACUAAUUUCCAAGAUGCCAUAAAAACAUAUUCCACCCUCCCAACGCUGCUGGGUGAGAACGGGGAGAAGGCCGUACCCAUGAGAGUCUGGCUGUACCCGCUGACCAAGCUGGAUUCCAGAGCUGCUCAGCUGGUGCGUGAGAUCAGCUUAACGCUGAUUUCUGAUGCUCAGACUGCAAUGGAGGACCUGGCAGAACUGAACAUGCGAUGCAACGACAUGGGGAAGAAUCCAAUUGCCAGAACCUUCCCUGAAAUCCAGAAGAAAAUCCAAAAGUUCAAAGAUGUCUGUAAGCAACACAGACAGACUUUCCAGAAAGAGCUGGCAGGACUCUUACCGUCCAUCCGUGGAGGAGGAAAAGAGGAAGGGGCCCUGGUGGACAUUCUGACACGCAAAAACUUGUCACUGUUCAACAUGCAGAAACUCAACGAAUUCCUGGACACAAAGGAGCGAGAGAUGAAUUAUGUGAAUUCCUACCUUAGUGUCCUAAAAAAUAUAGAAGUGGUGCCCUCUCAGAGUGAACUAGAGAAAAUAGUGCUCAACUCUGGGCUUGAUGGUGACCUUGACUUUGUCGUUUCUUUUACAUUCACUUCCUUACACAAUGAGGAGCCAUAUUUAGCAGAUUUACAUCUCUGGCUUCGGACCCAGUCUACAAAGGACACUCAAGAUCCUGCAGCCAGUUCUGAGAGUAAGGAAUCAAAAUCCAAAGCCUGGUUUGAGGACAAGGAAAUAUAUAAAAAAGCUCGAAAAGCUGCAAAGUGCUUUUCACAUUUUGCCCGUGCCAAUAAAUCUAAUGGGACAGCCCGGUUCAUUGUGACCUCUGUUCCAGACGAGGCCAAUCCAGGUGCUUUCAUUUACUUGUAUGAGAAUGGAGAACUGGUCAACAGUGACUUCCAGCCCCCAUCAAAGCCUCUUCCUCUUCUGAUUGAUGAAGUCAGACAUGACCGUGUGCAGCUCACGCUGAAACCGGCAACCUAUGGCAAGGCUGAGAUAUGCGGCUACCGGGCAGAGUACAGACUUGUCGGGCAGGAGGACUGGGUGGCUGUGAAUGUCAGUAACACACAAGAGACACUCACAGUCACAGGGCUCCGUCCAAACACCCAGUACCAGUUCCGAUACGCGGCCGUGAGCAAACCAGGGCUCAGCGAGAGCAGCGACGUGAGCGACACGGUGAAGACGCUUCCUCUUACGAGCCCCCCUGGGAAUCCUGUAGCAGCUGCUAGAGCUUCAUCAGCCAUUGCCCUGAGCUGGGAGAGUCCACAUGCCAUUGGAGAUGGAGUCAGUAUAAGUGAGUACAAGGUGCAAUACAGAGAGGAUGCUGGCGAAGCCAAAUGGCUGGAACGAAAGACGGGAAAGAGAACCGAGUCCUGCACCAUUGAUGGACUGAUGCCACAGACGCCCUACAGAUUCCGGGUGUCGGCCGUGUGUGCGGACGGGGCUGAGAGUGACCCAAGUGAGGAGAUUCGCAUCUCAACGCUAAAGAAAGUGAAUUUGUCUCUGGAUCCAGCCACAGCACAUCCUGAGCUCGUCCUGUCUGCUGACGGAAGAAGCGUGAGCCGGGGAGAAAAGAGCCAGAUGGUGCCUCACAAUCCACGGAGAUUUCAUGAUGUGCUCUGUGUGCUGGGCUCUGAGGGCUUCACCUCGGGGAAACAUUCCUGGUUGGUGAAGGUGGAGGGAGGGCUCACUGCAGACUGGGCUGUGGGG